AUGCGAGGCACCCUGCGCAGCAUGUACGCGGGUCUGCCCUCCGCGUUGCUCGGGUCCAUGCCCUCGGCGGCCUCCUUCUUCGUGGUCUACGACGGCGUGAAAAGAGAAAUGAUAGACAACGAUACACCUGCCUCGCAGCAAGCAUACGCUCACAUGCUCGCCUCGUCGUUGGGAGAGAUAGCCGCGUGCGCCAUACGGGUGCCGACAGAGGUGGUCAAGCAACGGGCCCAAGCGGGCCUCUUUGGGGGAUCAACGCUGCUCGCAUUCCAGGAUAUACUGGGCCUAAGGAGGUCAGAUGGGUACACGACCAUGGUCCGGGAGCUCUACAGGGGUGGCGGGGUGACCAUCAUGCGCGAAAUCCCCUUUACCAUCAUCCAGUUCAGUUUAUGGGAAUAUUUCAAGGACUCCUACUCGAAACGCCAGCAUAGAAGGCAUGGCAGACAACCCGGAAUGGUCUCAGCUACGGAGAGUGCACUCUUCGGCAGUGCGGCGGGCGCUAUCGCUGCUGGACUGACGACGCCGCUGGACGUCCUGAAAACCAGGAUCAUGCUGGAACGGAAGGAGUCAGGCGCCUCUUCAGAGAGAGCUGGUGCUGUGAUAGUCUUGCGCCAGAUCCGGGCACAGGAAGGCAUUGCUGGCUUGUUCCGCGGCUUUGUACCCCGUGUCGGAUGGAUUAGUACAGGAGGUGCCAUUUUUCUGGGAACAUACCAGUAUAUUAGCAAUAUGCUGGGGUCAGAUUGGAGAUAG